CACGUUUUUUUGCAGCAACUCCUCACCUAGAUGGAUGACGUGGAGAGGAGUGUCACACUUGCAGGCUGACGAGGCUCCUUGCUUGUAGAUUUAAGGCGCGAAACACUCGAUCUAAGUCUCCAUAACCAUUUGCUUUCUUUCACAUGCCACAGAGGAGAAAGCAAGAUCCUGCUAGCAAGGCUAGGUCAGGGCAGAAGGCAAUGGCACCGACGACAAGGGCUCGAGCUUGCCGUGAAGCCAUGGAAGUCAGCGUGUCCAGCACCUCCGUUGUGAAGGAGGUGGAUUGUGGUCUGUGUGCAAAGGUGAUGCUUUAUUUGGAGGAUUCAGAGUACUAUGGAGUGGAGACAGAUACUAACUUGACAUGCCACCAUGGGGUGCACCCAGUUAGAAGGGUGGCCUGGGAAGGUUCGGACACCGGGAGAAGUUUUCUUGCUUACCCAUACGAGGAUGAGGAUGAGUGUGACUUUGUGAUGUGGGUUGAUGGGGGAAUGGCCUCACAGAGUGCGCAAGACUAUAGAUCAGCUAUGGUUCUUUGUCGACCAUGCUAGAAAGAUGUUUGAUGCUCAAGUUGCAAAAUUGUAUGAGGCUCAUAGGGAGAAGCUGCAGGUAGAGGGAGAGAAUAACCAGCCGAAGGUUGAAAUGUAGAAACACAUGAAGGUUGAAUGCAGGAACGCAUGAAGGCCAUGGAGAUGGCAUUAUCGAUUAAAGAGUACAAGAAGUAGCUCAUGCUAUCAGCUAGUGUGAUUGUGGUGCUUCUUCUUAUGCUUACUUUUGUACUAGCAAAGAGGGUUUGAGAGGGCUAUGCAUGCACUGUAUUUUCGUGGUAGUCCAUGACAAGUAUUUUGACAUGCCAUCUGAAAUGUAUGCACUGAUUCAGUUACCUGGUUAGAUGAAGUAAUUCAAUGGUUGUU